AUGCUGGGGACGAUGCGGGCUGUAGAGUACUGUGCGACAGCAUUCGCCAUUAUGGUGCAUUUCUGGCAGAUAAGUCCAGCUCUGUUCUGUACUUUCACACAAAUUCCACCUCCCAAAGUUAUUUUUGGGACCAUAUACCGCAACAGAAGUGUUGGUAUUGAAUGGUGCCUGAGCUCCUGUUACGAAAAGCCGUACUGUGAUCACAUCGCCUUCAACAAGAUA